AUGUUGCGAACUGUCUUGUGUUGUAUUCUGCUGGCUUCUGCAGCCGUUUUUGCUGAGGACUCAUCUUCUACCGCAGCAACAACGACUGUCGCGACGACCACGGCCACCGGCGCCACCACUGCGACCACGGCCACUGGAGCAACCACGGCCACUGGAGCAACCACGGCCACCGGAGCCACGACAGCGACUACCGCCGCUACAGGAGGAACUACUUGUGAGACUUUACAAAACUUGAAGAUUCGUGCUGUAUUGUAUUUUCACCACCAAACGUUUGGUUCCGACCGAGCGCUAUGAUUGAAAAAAACAGAGUACUUUUAUAGAGUAGGGAAAUUUGAGGAAAGCAUCUCGAAAUGGAACUGCCCGGAAUUUUUACAAAAUUUUUCAAAACUCUUCCUGUCGCUCACCAGAAAUAGACAUAAAUCUGACUGGGUGACAAAUGAGUGAAACGAAUCAGCACAAUUACUGAUAAGAAGACGGCACAUGCUCAUUUCGCCCCGGAACUCGCCAAUUCUUCUUCCCGCACACACGCACACACACACAUUUUCAGCGGCCGCGUGCGCCGAUGAUCCGAACACCAAUUGCAGUCAGUACACCUCCCUUUGCACCAACGACAAGUAUAUUCCACUUUUGCAGCAGUAAGUUAUUCUAGAGAUUUUUAUAACUUGCAAACAUUUCGCAUCUUCAGAUUCUGCCCAAAGACAUGCGGAUUCUGCGGAGGCGGUUCCACUUCUUCUCCAGGGAACUGUGUGGAUAGCUCCACCAAGUAAGUCCAACUAAUCGGGACCGUUCAUAUUUUGCACCUUUUCCAGUUGCGCCAACUGGCAAAAGAACGGAUUCUGCAACUCCAGCUUCUACACCUGCCAGAACAAGAAGGACUAUUGCGCGAAGACGUGCAACCUGUGCACCACGACCUGCUGA